AUGAGGUCUCAUGAGCAGCUUGGUUCUGUUGUGCAAGAUGAAAAGAGAAGUACUACUGCUUUGCUAGAAUUCUUUAGGCUAAAUGCAAGCAUCCCUGGAGGCACAGGGUAUCGAUACACUGAAAUAAUAGCACACUAUAGAACUAUAGAUGGUGUGCUUUACCCUACCUUCCAGGAAGCUGCAAUCAAGCUCGGGUUAUUUCAACAAGACAGUUUUUAUACUUCACUCUCUGAAGAUUUUGCAUAUCAAAAUCCCAACCAGCAAGAAAAAGUGAUGAGGCUAACUGUAAGAGACAUUGAGAAAAACUUAGAAGCCACGGAAAAGUCAUUGGAGGAUUUUGGCCUAGGCCAUUUGAUUGAAGAAGACAGUAAUGAAAUACGCAUCACAAAGUAUAUCGAAGAUGCACUUGAAGCACCAAUUCCUCCAGAAUGCAUUGAUUGUCGAGAGAAACUCAACGAAGCUCAAGAAAAUGCAUUCAAUAGCAUAAUGGCUUAUGUCAAUGAAGAGAAACCUGGUUGUUUUUUUGUUGAUGGGCCAGGUGGGACAGGCAAGACAUUUCUCUAUAAUGCUUUAUAUGCCGAAGUACGUUUGGCAGAGGUAUCACUUGCUUGUGAUUUCCCAAAGCAGGGAAGCUUAGCUGCUCAAAUCAAAGCUGCUGCCCUGAUAAUUUGGGAUGAAGCGUCUAUGACUCGUAAAGAGAAUAUAGAAUCAUUGGUUUUGUUGUUGCGCGAUCUCUGCCAUCUUGAUCAGCCAUUUGGUGGAAAAGUAAUUGUCUUUGGGGAAGAUUUUAGACAAUUUUUGCCUAUUUUGCCCCGCCGUUCACAAAGAGAAGCUGUUGGUGUUAGUGUUGUCAGCUCUUACAUUUGGCCCCUUUUAGUCAAAUUUCGGUUAACAGAGAACAUCAGAGCUAAGGAAGACUUAGUCUAUUCAGCUUUUCUCUUAGCCUUGGGCAAUGGCCAAUUACAAUCAGAUGAAAGUGCUAAUGUACAGCUACCUGAACACAUAGUUCAGAAUAUAGUUGCAAAUGAGGAUUCAGUUUCUGUGCUAACUGCAAUGAUUUUCCCAGAAAUUUCGAAUCCAACAUUUGAUAGUGGCAUAUUCAAUGAAAGAGCAAUCCUCACACCAAUGAAUGAGGAAGUUGAUUCCAUAAAUGACUACUUAAUUAAAUAG